UCUGUUUGCUAAUAAGGACAAUUUCUCCAUCAGAUUCCCCAAAUCAACCCCUCCGUCUUAAAGUUCUCUCAGUUACGCCCCCUCUCUUCUUGGGUCUUGAAAGGGCCAGAUUUGGCACGGACGUUACCACGCCUAACCUCGCUGCCCCAUUUGUUUCUGCCCGGGAAAGUGACAGUUCCCGUUUCACAUUCCAUUUUCCGUUCUGUUCCUCUGCAAUCUCAGCAGAAGCUAUGGCGGUUCCUUUUUCUUCUACGGUUAAUACAGUAACGGUGUCAUCGGCGUCGUCUUUCAAGGCAAGAAUUUACAGAAAUCCAUGUCUCUUGAACUACCAGAGCCGCUUCAACUUUAAUCCUCUAUGUCCUCGGCCAUUUCUAGCGAGGAAGUUGUUCAGAGUCCAAGCAACAGUCUUGCAAGAUGAUCAGGAGAAAGUGGCCGUGGAAGACUCUUUCCAACCAAAGACUAUUCCUGCUGAUGAUGGGAGAGAAAUUGAUCCGGAAUCAUCAAGACGUUCGUCUUCUAGCCGGUUGGAAAGAUGGGUUAUUAAGUUUGAACAGUCUAUUAAUAUCUUACUCACAGAGUCAGUGAUAAAGAUACUUGAUACUCUGUAUCAUGACCGACACUAUGCAAGGUUCUUUGUACUGGAAACUAUUGCAAGAGUUCCUUAUUUUGCCUUUAUCUCUGUGCUACACAUGUACGAGAGUUUUGGAUGGUGGAGAAGAGCAGAUUAUCUGAAAGUGCACUUUGCUGAGAGCUGGAAUGAGAUGCAUCAUCUGCUGAUAAUGGAAGAACUGGGAGGAAACGCUUGGUGGUUUGAUCGCUUUCUUGCUCAACAUAUAGCAAUCUUUUAUUAUUUCAUGACAGUCUUUAUGUAUGCUUUAAGUCCAAGAAUGGCAUAUCACUUCUCUGAAUGUGUAGAGAGCCAUGCAUAUGCUACUUAUGACAAAUUUAUCAAGACACAAGGAGAGGAGCUAAAAAAAUUGCCUGCACCUGAGGUUGCUGUGAAAUACUACACCGGGGGCGAUUUAUACUUGUUUGAUGAAUUUCAAACUGCAAGAGCUCCCAAUUCUAGAAGGCCAAAAAUAGAGAACCUAUAUGACGUGUUCUUGAACAUCAGAGACGAUGAAGGCGAACAUUGCAAGACGAUGAAGGCCUGCCAAACUCACGGGAACCUUCGAUCUCCUCACUCAUAUCCAGAGGAUACCUUGGAGGGCGAAUCGGGCUGUGUGCUGCCCCAAACAGAAGAUUGUGAAGGCAUUGUAGAUUGUAUAAGCAAAUCUCUCAGUUCUCAAGCAAAGGGAAUGUAAUACCCCAAAAGCCAAACACACACAAACAAAAUGAAAAGAAGGAAAUGCAAUACUGUAUAGCUCUUGAUAGAAUUUCCUCCACCCUUUUGUGUUCUUUCCCAGAUAACAAUGGCGGUUGCUGUAAUGGUUGAAUUCUUUACUGAACAUAAUGAUAAAGGUAAAGGGGAAGAAGAGGAUUUGAUUGCUGCUGAGAACAGUGAUGGUUGGUC